AGAUCGCCAUAUCCUGCAGUCGCAUAUUCAUAAAGAUGACGAGUCACCACCACAUACGCAUCUUACCUACCUAGGUACCUAGGUAGUGCCGAUAUGUACAGUAGCUUCCCUUUGACCCGGGAGUUUUCUCCACACCAUCUACAUUUAUGGUCUUAAUAACUAACGUGAGGUCGUAUUAAUUCUUGUAACAGCACGGUCCUCACUUCUCAUCAUAGAAUAAACUCCUUGUCCAUAUACCACAAUCAGAACUCAUAUUCAUCAAAUAGUAAAGAAGAUGGACGUAUUCGUUAGGUUUUACGGUCAUUGGCUAGGAUUCACUACAACGGCAGUCGUCGUAUCUCUAGCGAUAGCAACUAUUGUUUCAGUUAGAUCAUAUAUCUGUCUCAGGCACAUACCUGGCCCAUUCGCUGCGUCUCUCACGAACUUCGUGCGCCGCUGGUGGAUCCAAACUGGAAGUGUUCACCAGAAGCACACCGACUUACAUCGUCGUUACGGGACCGUGGUCCGUUAUGGACCUAAUGCCGUUCUCAUUUCUCAGCCGGAAGCGGUCGAGAAGAUCUAUGGGUUUAAGAGUCGUUUCCCAAAGUCCGAAUUCUAUAACACCAUUAUACCACGCGUGAAGGGCGAAAGGAUCCCAGAUGUGUUCGCUACUCGUGAUGAGGAUUUGCAUCGACGGAUGCGACGCCCUGUUGCGAAUCUGUACUCAGUAACAAAUCUCCUGUCAUUUGAAGAGCACAUAGACUCCACGAUAAACUUCUUCUUCUCGCGGCUUGAUGAGCUAUUCGCGAACCAGGCCAGAGACUCCAACCUAUCUGAAUGGAUGCAACUCUUCGCGUUCGAUGUCCUGAGUGAAGUCACAUUCUCGCGUAGAUUGGGCUUCUUGGAAAAGGGUGGGGACAUCGAGAAUCUGAUGGGAAAUAACUGGAAAUUCUUCCAAGCAGUAUUCCCCAACACACAGACACCAUGGCUUGAUUAUCUUUGGAGAGAUAAUCCGCUAAGGCCAGCUACCUCAACCAAAGAUCCUUUGGUGGAAUUUGGGAGCGCGCGUAUUCGCGAAAGGCUAGCAUUAACUGAAGCUGAGAGACUAGAAAUCAAUCAAAAAGAUUUCCUCUCAUGCUUUAUGAGAGAGAAAGAGAAAGACCAGUCCCUGCCUGUGAACGCCAUCCUAACAUGGACCAACUCAAAUAUACAAGCUGGUGCAGACACCACGGGCAUCUUGGCUAGUGUGGUUAUCUACUAUCUCCUGAGAAACCCUUCUUCGCUUGAUACCCUGAUACGAGAGAUCGAUGACGCCGCUGAAGCAGGUCGCAUCUCCAAGCUCGUAACGUGGAAGGAGACGCAGACUCUACCAUACCUGGAAGCAUGUAUCAACGAGGCUUCGAGACUUCACCCGCCAAUCUCCUCUCCACUAGAGCGUAUAGUACCUGAAAGUGGGCUUGAGGUUGAUGGUUAUUUGAUUCCAGCAGGCACUCGGGUGUCAAUGAACCCUUGGGCCGUGCAUCGCGAGCCACACCUUUACGGGGACGACGCAGAUAUUUGGCGACCGGAGCGAUGGUUAUGCGAUGAAGAUCAGAAAAAGGACAUGUACAAUGCGCUCCUCACCUUCGGUGCGGGCCAUAGGACCUGCCUGGGCAAAAACCUCUCCUUGUUUGAGGUGUACAAACUCAUCCCAUCGAUGUUGCAGCGAUACAAUCUGAAACUCGUAAGUCCUGUCGAUGAUUGGACCGUUGAGACCAAAUGGUUCGCAAUGCCUUCGGGCUUCCACGUCAGAAUCACGACGCGAUGAGGGGUAUCCGCACGAAUGCGUUACAAUCGGAGUGUCUAUCAAGUUGAUUCGAUGUAACUAAUACCGCGAGCGACACAGCAUGUUUUUUAGGGUAUUUCAGGUAACCAGUAACUUCAAGUCGUGGUAAAGUCAAUAGUACACGACAUAGCUUCUCUUGCAGUAUGUCAGCUUCGCGAAAACGUAAAUUUCCGAGACAGUCAUGGCUGGGGCAUACGAUACCCCCUAUCAUAAUGUGCACGGACCUGUGCCAAGGCGAGGUGCGCCUGUGUUACGCCCGUUUUCUUGGCGUAUGUAGAUGGCUGUGACUUGGUGUAAUAAUGUCGGCUUCUUAUCACUUGGAAAUAAAGACGGAGAUAAAAAUGGUGGCUGAAGGGAUCUUAUGUCUGCUGCAUAGUCAUUUUUUUGCUUUUAAAUACGAUGUGGUCGGUUAUUAGCACCACGAUUCUUAGCCGAGUGGCUUCGAUGCAACCCCACCCGCAAGCCCUUCGCGUUGGGUGUCGUCUAAGGUAUUUUAUAGUGUACCUAUCAUUCAGCUACUUAAGUAGCACAAGGGACGAAUCAUAAUUGAUAAUGAAAGUUAAGAGU